CUUAAGGUUAGGAUCCUCCUGCGCCAGUACAGUGCAUGAACGAGACUCAUCGUGUUUAUAUGAAUCCGUUACCAUGACAGCGGAUUUGAAUCAGCGAGACCGGAGUGUGUAAAUACGUGGCAAUAUAUUUGCCGAAUUUGUUAUUUUGUAUAGAAUAUUUUAUGGAACUUAAUGAAAUGAUGGAAGCGCCGAAAUCCGACGUUCAAAUUAUUUUGAGCAUAAAAGAAGGGAAGGGUUUUGAACAAGUUUUACAACCUACAUUAUUGAUUGCUACUUUAAACGGGCACUGCUUAGAAACUGACAGAAUCGAGUCGUGUCCGACUCCGCAAUAUGCCACUGACUUGGUUUGGGAGACCAAUAAAAUAGUCCUGAGAAGAAUGCGAUCAGAGCAAGCCUCAUUAAAAUUAGAAUGCUUUGCUUUUAAAGAGAACGAGGGUAGAGAGAAAAUCGGAUAUGUUCUGCUGAACAUACGUUCUGCGCAAGUAAUAUCUAAAUGUGGUGAUCUGAGUCCGAAGGCAAGUUGGCACAAAAUACUGGGAUUACGAAGUGACCUUAAAAUACAAAAGCCUGAAUUACUUCUUGUAUUAACAGUCGAAGAUCGAAAGGACAUCAAUUUAAAUUCAGCAGCGGAGCUAAGAAAUUUAAUGAUAGACAAAGACGUUGUUUUGGAAAAUGAUAAAAUAAUCCCUUACUUGCAUCCUGAUGAACAACUGAUUCAGUUAGGACCUCCAGAUACCUGUUGUGAAUUAUUCAUAUUAAAUAUCACGGCCAUGUGUAUAGAAAAUUUGCAUUUACUGUUACUUGAACAUCUGAACAAACAUAGCAUUGUACAUUUCUCGUAUCGAGUUCUGGAAAACGAUGUAGAACUUAAACCGUUCAAGACAGAGCCCGGAAAAUCUCAUUUCGUCCCUGAAAAAGUGACAGUGAGAAUACGAAGCUCCUUGAGUGUCUUAAAGCAAUACCUACAAUUGAAGCCGUAUUUGUUAAUAUACUUGAAGCAUGAAAAUAGUAUAAUAGCCGAAUCGUCAGUCAAUCUGCAAUCUCUAGUACCCGCGGAUAGUCUGCAAGAAUUUGUCAAAUGUGCCGCAAAUGCGAGCACUACUUUACACGAGCAAUGUUUUUUAAUUAAGCAAGAUUCGAAGAUGGAAAAACUCGUUGAAAACCAUCAGAAAUCUUAUCUUGAUUUGCAACUUAAAUUGCAAUAUAUCGAAAGUAAAACAAAUGUUUUCUUCGAUUCUGAUACAAUAAAUUCUAAAAAUCGCAUAUCUAACGCUCAACUGAAUCGUAAUGAAGAAAGUAUAAAUAGUAUCGACCAGAGACGCCCAGAGGUCGAGUCUCACAGAAAUCCUAGUGGCGACUUUGGAAAGUCCAGUUUCAGGAAUGUUCCUAGCGAAGCAAAAUGUACAACAGAAUAUAAAAAUAUAAAUAAACAGUCCGCUGAAUGCCAAUGCUUGAAACGUCAAACGGAUAGAGUUACAUGUUCGCGCUCGUGCGAUGGAAUGCUUUACAAUUCUGUUAAUAAAAAUCACACCAAAGAUGCAGGACCUUAUCACUGCUAUUGUCUACGCAUCUCGCUUGUGGCGAUAACAUUGGUAUCUGAAACGCUGUCUGGACGAGGAAUUGAAUUUCGAUUUCAUCAUCCAAAAACUGAGGUCAUGUCAACGGCGCACGCGAGAAUGCCAGUCUUAUCGAACGAGAAGAUCAAAUUGCAAGAUGUCGUAUGUCAAUUUCAUUUUAUAUCCGCACCAGAUGAAAUAGAACAAUUACUACAAUCUUUUCCACCGAAAAUCAGCAUAUAUGACACGAAGGAGGGUGAUGAAUUGUCACUGUUAGUGCUUGAUGUAAAACCGUUAUUUUAUCAAGAAAAGUCCGAAUGUCAGUAUAAAUUAUCUAUGUUUGAUACGCACCGAAAUAAAAUUGCUGAUAUGGACGUUGUACUCAAGUUAGAAGAUCGUGGACCGCAUUGCAUAUUAAAGAAACAAACUAUCGAUAAAAAUCUUGGCCCACCGAUAUUGGACGACAGUUUAGCGUAUAAAAUAGUGGACGAGCUCGAAACUUGGAAGGAGCGACAAAAGGCAAUGUUUAAAGCAGAGCUCAAAAGAAAGGAAGAACGACAUUUGAAUAUGCUGAGCGAGGAAUGGCGAAUGCAGAAGGAAAAUCUGGAGUCAAAGCUCGCGUACAGCGUCGAACAAUGUAAGACGUUGGCCAACAGUUUAAACAACGCUACUGACGAUUUGAGAAAGCGCAGAUUAAAGAGUCUGGAAAACGAGACCAGACUGAUCAAAGCAAACGAGGAGUUGCAGUGGAGAUAUGAAACCAAGUUACAAGAGCUUAAGGAUUUAUUGCAUGCGACGCAAAGCGAUCUUACGUCAAAGGUGACUAAACUUGAGGAGAAGAAACUUGCUCUAGAGGCGCAAGUGGAAAUAUUAUCGUACGAGAAUGAGAACCUGAAAUCGUCGAUAAGUAAGCAGAUGGACGAACUGCAAAUAUAUCAAAAGGGAUCAUUAACGCAGGAUCAAACAGCAUCCUUAUUGCAAGAGGUAAAAAUUCUCGAGGAAAAAUUAGACAAUGCUCAAAAGGGGAAAGAAUUUUUUAGAGGGCAAUGGAGCAAAGCGGUUCGCGAAUUGCACAGGAUGAAAGUGGAUUAUCAACAAGCUAUGGAAGUUCAAAUAAAGAACAACAGGGAGGAACUGAUGAGCGCGGACCUCGCAGAAAUUUUGUCCGCAGACAGAAAAGCUUUGAACAACGAUCAAAUGUUGCUGGGCGAGCUUCAAAAGGAAAUCGAUGUGAUCAAGCCAAAACAAUCCUUCGCACCGAAAGAAACCUACAAUCAGAUAUUUACGACAGCCGACGACGUCUGUUACAACGUUCCCUGUAAUGGUAAUAAAAUAAAUGAUGAUAAAUCAGAGGAAUACAACGAACGGUUGCAGGCGCUGAAGGAGGAACGUGAGUCCCUUUUACGGACCGGAAAUUACACGGCCGAUGACGUAGUGAUCAAAAAACUUAACGCAGAGAUUCGGUCCUUACUGGUAAGCAGGUAGCGAAUUUAUUUCUUGCUUGGCUUUCUCUGAUUAACAUUAAAUCUUCAUAUAUGAAGAGAAAACACAUGCAAUCUCGGAAUAAAAAUCUGUGACAUGUUGCAAGACAAUUUUUAUACAUUUGUACACAAAUAAACAUUUUAUAUUGAAAA